AUAUUCACCAACUUUUUUCUCCCAUAUAUAUGCUCUCUUAAAUUCUUCUUCCUCUCUAGCAGCUAGACCAUUUCUUCUAACCUACUUCCCACCAUUAUUCUUUGGAGACUUUGUGGAGUUAAAUUGCCCAAAUUAUAUAAUUAUACACACACACACACAUAUAUACAUUAUACAUAUAUAAUUAGACCACCCAUAUAUUACAACAUUCUCAAGCUCUAAUUAAUAUGGCUGCUUCCUUACUACUCUCAUUCUCUACCAUUUUAUUCAUCAUCCUUUUCAUUUCUCCAUGUAUUACCCUUUCUACAUCUAGACGCAUCCUUCAUGAUCACGUGUCCAAGCACCGUGAAACCAGUUUUCGCGUGGCCCUCAAACACGUUGAUUCUGGCAAAAACUUGACCAAGUUUGAACGUUUACAACGUGGUGUAAUGAGAGGAAACCUGAGAUUAGAAAGACUCAUUAACAACAUGAUGGCUACCUUAUCCGAGUCAAAUUCACAAGUAACCUCAUCAGUUCACGCAGGAAAUGGAGAGUUCUUAAUGAAUUUAGCCAUUGGAACACCCCCUGAAACAUACUCUGCUAUCAUGGAUACAGGUAGUGACCUCAUUUGGACACAAUGCAAGCCAUGCACUAAAUGUUUUGAUGCACCAACACCUAUUUUCGAUCCAAAAAAAUCGUCCACUUUUUCUAAAGUUUCGUGCUCAGAUAGUUUAUGUCAAGCUUUACCCACUUCUGAUUGUGAAUCAGAUGGGUGUGAGUAUUUGUAUUCUUACGGAGACUACUCGUCUACGCAAGGCGUGUUAGCGACUGAGACGUUUACGUUUGAUAAGGUCCCGGUUUCUGGAUUAGGAUUUGGUUGUGGUGAAGAUAAUGAAGGAAGUGGUUUUAAUCAAGGUGGUGGGUUAGUAGGGUUAGGCAGAGGACCUUUAUCUUUAGUAUCUCAAUUAAAACAAUCAAAGUUUUCUUAUUGUUUAACUUCUAUUAAUGAUGAUACAUCAUCAUCAUCAGAAAACUCUAAAAGUAGUCUUGUGAUGGGUUCUUUAACAAGUGAUAUUUUGACAUCUAAUAGUACCACUGUUUUCACCACUCCAUUGAUCAAAAACCCAUCUCAACCAUCUUUUUACUAUCUUUCACUACUUGGUAUAUCGGUUGGAAACGUCGAUUUGCCAAUCAAGAAGUCAACUUUUGCCAUAAAUUCUGACGGGAGUGGUGGAAUGAUCGUCGAUUCUGGCACGACGAUCACAUACCUUGAAGAAUCAGCAUUUGAUAUGUUGAAAAAAGAGUUUAUUUCACAAACCAAGUUGGAUGUAGAUAACUCGGAUUCUACUGGUUUGGAUUUGUGUUUCGGGUUGCCUGCUACUGAUGAUUCGAGUGAGGUAUCCAUUGAGAUUCCAAAACUUGUGUUUCAUUUUGAUGGAGCUAGUUUGGAUUUGCCAGGGGAGAAUUAUAUGAUUGGAGAUAUGAAAAGUGGACUUGCAUGUUUGGCUAUGGGGAGUUCAAGUGGGAUAUCUAUAUUUGGAAAUAUACAACAACAGAACAUGAUGGUGGUUCAUGACCUUGAGAAGGAGACAUUAUCAUUCAUUCCAACUAAAUGUGAUCAAUUGUAAUCAUAAGCAUUCAUACAUCAUGUAUUUACAUGUACACUUUUCUUUUUCUACACUUUUUCUUUUAUGAAUGGAUACAUGUUUUGUGGGUUAUCAAGAUUUGUUUUAUUAUACA